AUGGAACAUCUUCUAGCCAAGACCUUUGCAGAGCAUCGUUCGAGUGAGCCCAAUCACCGAGCUGAGAUAGCUCCGACAAGUACCUCAGAGAACUUAGUACCGCAAGGCUUCAGUCGUGCCCCUGUGUCAAGUCCGAGCCCCCGGAUAGGUUCAGAGGUUCUGAAGCAACCGACAUACAACUCCGGUAUAACUCGCAUAGCUCACUCGCAUUCACCACAACUCCUAAGUGGAGACAGGGUGCAGGUCGGCAUUGACAUGCCAAAAGACAACGACUCCAUUAUUCCAAUGUCAAUCACACAUCCCCAUGAUCAAGCCCUAUCACGGGGACCUCGCUCCUCCUUCCCUACGCUUCAUCCGCUUCCCUCGAAGUCGGUGGCCCUUGAACUGAUCAUGGACAUGUUCAGCAACUUCAACAAAUACUUUCAUGUGUUUGACGAACGUGAGUUCCUACAGCAAUUCGAAGAGUGGUACCUUGACUCGAACCCCGGCCAGCCGGACUGGUGGGCGUCUAUCAAUGCCGUACUAGCCCUAGGUCAUCGUUUCCGAGCAAUGCGCACACUCACGACAGCGUAUGAUAACAAGCAGUCGUGCGGCUACAUCCACAACGCCAUUGCAGUCAUAUCCGAGCUCAGCCUAAUGCAACAGAGCCUCCUCGCAAUACAGGCACUUUUGUGCAUCGUCCUCAUUAUCCAGGCAACCCCAAACCCACAUCCGGCCUCGAUACUAAUCGCGACGACAAUGCGGCUGGCUCAGUCUAUGGGAUUACAUCGGAAAUGCCAGGAUCCGACUUUGACAGAGACGAAAAUUGAGCAACGGCGCCGUGUAUUCUGGGCCGUGUACUUCCUGGACAGAGACAUAAGCUUGCGCAUUGGCCAGGCGUAUUCCCAGGAUGAUGAUGACAUGGACGUCGAGUUGCCAUCAGGAGUUGUCCCCAGCCUCGGCCCCGGAGAGCCUGGCUUCUGUCCCGUUGACUUUUUCAAUACCCGAAUAGGAUUGGCUGUUCUACAGGGGCAGAUCUACAAGUUGUUGUACUCGGUCCGCGCCUCACAACAGUCCCGCUCACAGACGGAGGCAGUCGCCCUACAGCUCAACACUGCAUUGUUAUACUGGAAAAGUAGCGUCCCGAUUGACUUUGAGGACACUCUUGGAGGUGUGAUAUCGGUUCCUCUCUCGCCUGAAGCCCUACACAUGCUCAUCCUGCGCUUCACAUAUCUUCACUGCCUGGCCUUGGUGGACAGGCAUCUUCCGCCACCAGAGCAUUUCAUGGCGGAGCACUCGCCGCAUUUGAUUGUGCCCUCCGAGAGUACCUGUGUGGUGCAGUCGCGCAAGGCCUUCCGGCUUCUUCAGAUCGCACCCCAGGGCGACUAUGCCUGCGUUUGGCUUCUCCUCCAACCGUGGUAUGCCAUCAGCACAGUUCUACUCCGUAAUGUGCUCCGGUAUCCCGCAUCACCACAGGCUUUAUCCGAUAUUCUGCUAGUGAAUCCAUUCCUUCAGUUGCUCAAAAACUUGGCAGGCGAUGAGCGCCAGUGCUCGCGUUCAGAGGAGGCGAAGAGGAUGUAUCGAGAGGGCCAGGACCUAAGUGACCAAGCGACAGCACUUGCCGAGCGUGCCCUGCAGAUGGGUUUCAGCGUCUGUUGA